GAUAUUAUGAUGUUGAUGCGUACCAUAACAAUAUAACCGAUAGAUGCCCACCAAAUCUUUGGGACCCAAAUAAUUUGUAUAAUGGCGGUUAUUAUUCUUGUGGACAUAGAACAAGUAUUAUGACUGCAUUCUGUUCUUUGUAUGCAUCUCAGACUAUAAAACAGUAUUUGAAUGUUAUAUAUACAAUAACUAAUGAAUCAGUUGUGAAUGCGAUUGCUGUUGUGAAUUUUGGCACAGAUAUUAAUGGAGAAAAUUCUGAUCGAACAAAUAUGAUUUUUAGAAAAACAAAUAUUAAAUGUUAUUAUAAUGUUGAGACUGGAAAAAGUCUCAUUCGUUUUUGGGGACAUCUGGUAAUAGAUGUUCUUAAACUUG